UUUCGGUCCUCCUGUACAGGGGCCAUUUGUUUAUGCUUCUCUAAUAAAAUUUCAAAAAGUUUAGUUCGCCUAACUGGCGUACGUAAUAACAGUAACUAACGCUGCUUGGGUUUUACAACCUUCGGAGGUGUUUGCAAACUACAAAAAUUUUAAUGGCACCCCCAAAAAAACGAAACCUGCCCAAGCCUCUCCCAGAUGGCUUCAUACUGGCGGAUGGUGAGAAAAAGCAAUGGAGGCUGGGGAAAAUCAUUGGUGAAGGAGGCUUUGGUUUAAUUUAUCUAGCAUCUCAGGAUGUAAGCAGACCUGUUGCACCGGAUGCAGACUUUGUCAUAAAAGUGGAGUACCAGGAAAACGGCCCCUUGUUCUCCGAGCUCAAGUUUUACCAGAGAGCUGCCAAACCCGAUAGCAUACAAAAAUGGAAGAAAGUCAAGAAGCUGGAUUUUCUGGGCAUCCCAAAAUACUGGGGAUCAGGACUGGCUGAACAUAAGGACCUACGGUAUCGUUUCAUGGCCAUGGACCGGCUGGGGAGUGACCUUCAGAAAAUCUGUGACUGCAACGGAGGCCGACUGAAAAAGACCACUGUACUCCAGCUUGGUCAAAGACUGGUGGAUGUUCUGGAGUAUAUUCAUGAAAAUGAGUAUGUCCAUGCAGACAUCAAAGCUGCCAACCUCAUGUUGGGUUACAGAAACCCCAACCAGGUUUACCUAGCAGAUUAUGGGCUCUCCUAUAGAUACUGUCCUGAUGGAGUCCAUAAAGAAUACAAGGAAAACCCAAAGAAAGGCCACAAUGGAACAAUUGAGUACACCAGCCUUGAUGCCCACAAUGGAGUUGCACCGUCAAGACGUGGUGACCUCCAAAUCUUGGGCUUUUGUCUUCUUCACUGGUUAUGUGGGUCACUACCCUGGGACAACGUCCUCAAAAACCCCACUCAAGUCCAAGAGGCCAAAAUCAAACUGAUGGAUAAUCUGCCACUCUCAGUCCAGCAGCUGUCAGCUAGUGGGGCCAGCACAGAUGAGCUGGCUAAGUUUCUGAUUUAUGUCAGAACUCUGGGCUAUGAAGAUAAGCCUGACUACCAGCUUCUUAAAAAGCUGCUGGUCUGUGAGGUCACAGGGAAACUGGACUUUUCAGUGCCUGGAGGUCACCAGGGUUCUGCCCCCAAGGAACCUUUCAACAGAGAAAAGCCACGGAAAGAAGGAGCAGCUAGAGGACCCAGUAGACCCAAGCAGGUGACUCCACAGCUGGAUGAUGAAGAACCUGUAAGCAUGAAGCCCAGGCCAGUGCCAGCUCGCUUCAGAAGAGGCCCACCCCCCACUAAGCCAGAGAGCAGCAAACUGAAAGCGAUGUCACCUGCUGGAGGAAGGUCGCUCAGGCCGAGGCCUCCAUGUACGUAUGAAGAAGAAGACAGUGAAGAGGAGGAGCAGGAGGAGGAAGAAGAGGAGGAGGAAGAGGCAGAUGUCCGACCCAAACGUAUCCCUGCACGCUAUCUAAGAGGUCCUCCUAUUGGUCCUGGAGCUACGCCCAAACAGAGAGCUAAAUCCAAAAGACCUCACAAGAACACAGAGGAGCUGACCAGGACCAAUGAAAGACCGGAGCAUCAGCUCAACCUCCAAAUGGGAAAUUACGGCUGGGACAGAGAAAUACCCGGAUUUUACAGAAAACGUUUGGAAGAAAGGCCACAUGAGAACGGAAUGGGCCACAGCCAGAUCUGUUCAGAACAGGGACACUGGUUUGGUGAGACGGAAGAUUCAGAUCUGAGACAAGGAGCUGCUUCCAUACAGAGAACCUCCUGGAUGUCCAGGCUUGUCUGUGUGGGAUUGAUCCUUCUGUUGGGGGCUGUAUUUGUGUUUGCUUAAGUCAGUCGAAAUUGACUUUCUUUGCCUGUAACUCCUCAUGCUGCUCCUCAGGACUUCUGUACUGCCAUUUUCACUGUAAUGGGCUGAAAUAUAAAAAGAAGCAUUAGGUUGUAAUUAAUACAUAAUCUUUGACAAUUAUGGCUUUUUACUUAAAAAAAAUGCCAUGUACAAAGUAAAAGAAAAAUGAUUCAUUUAUAAUUGUUUAGGAGCUGUGGGAGAACACUUUCAGAUCUGCAUAUGAAGGCACUUUGACAAGACAAGGCUAUAUAAUGAAUGGAUUUAUACGAGCAGCUGUUGAGUAUGUAUACAGAGCCCAGGUAAGGCUUUUGCAUCAGCUGUCAGUUGCAGAUAGAAACAUACACCUACCUUGCUGCAAUAAGGACACUCUCCGAAAACAAGGUUGAAACUCUGCCUGCUGGAGGGAAGAGCUCGUAGCCACUAGGGGAGAGAG